AUGGCUUGGGAACAAAAAAAGGGUGAUAACUUUAUCUUUGUUUAUGUAAGUGGUGGAUAUGUCAUAUUAGGUACCCGUGAUACCACCAUUCAAUCUUCCUCAGAGUAUUGUUCAAUUGAAGACUUCAUUAUUAAAGGCGCAUUACAACAAACUGUAGCUCAGGAAUUUGGUGAAAAAACAUUUAAAGAAAUUUAUGAUAAAGUAGCAAGAGUUCACCAACAAAGAAACCAAAAAACCUCCUCCCCUCAGGCAUCUUAG